GCCUGGGACGUCACCGUGCGCACUUGUGCCUACACCAACCACACCGUGCUGCCAGAGGCGCUGGAGCGCUGGCCUGUCCACCUCUUUGAGACUCUCCUGCCGCGCCACUUGGAGAUCAUCUACGAAAUCAACCAACGUUUCCUCGACAAAGUCUACGCCACCUUCCCGGGAGACCUGGACCGGAUGCGCCGCAUGUCCAUGGUGGAAGAAGGAAGCGUCAAACGGAUCAACAUGGCGCAUCUCUGCAUCGUGGGUUCCCACGCUGUCAAUGGAGUCGCCCGUAUCCACUCCGAUAUCCUGAAGGCCACCGU